GGGCGGGGCCUGCGGUGAGGUCACGCGCCAUGGACGGCUCUGCCGCGGGGCGGCGGCGCGGCGUGGGCGCUGCGGGGCUCAAGGACGGACGCACUGUCAGACCCGGGCUCGCAGGGCCGGCGAGGGGGCUAUAGCGCCUCCAGUCGACCAGGAGCUCCCAGAGGGCAGGGGGUUGUCCCACCCUCUCUGUGCCCUGCCCCAGCCCUGGCCUGAGUUGAAUCGAAGACCAGCUGCUCUCCACUUCCCUGAUCCCACUCUGCCCUCUCACCUCCGGCCAUGGUGCCCCUGUUCGCCCUGUUCCUGGUGGCCUUGGUGGGCCUACCUGUGGCCCAGGCUCUGGACUGCCACGUGUGCGCCUACAAUGGCGAGAACUGCUUCAACCCCAUGCGCUGCCCGGCCAUGGUCACCUACUGCAUGACCACGCGCACUUACUACACCCCGACCAGGAUGAAGGUGAGCAAGUCGUGCGUGCCCAGCUGCUUUGAGACCGUGUACGAUGGCUACUCCAAGCACGCGUCCACCACUUCCUGCUGCCAGUACGACCUCUGUAACGGCGCUGGCCUUGCAGCCCCUGCAACCCUGGCCCUUGUACUCCUGGCCACCCUCUGGGGUCUGCUCUAAAGCCCCGUCCCGCCCUCCACAGACUCACUCAAGGGCAAAGUGCUGAGCAGCACGGUCCCACCCUCUCCCCCUGCGCACUCCCUCUUUGCCCUCCCCAGACACCCCCCCCCCCCAGCCACAUCCAGGAAUGUCUGCAAGAGGACUCUUGACCUCCCCCAGCUACCCGGGGGUCUGCUUCCAGGUCAUGACCUGUUGUUUUCAGAAGGCCGAUGUGGGACCACACCUCCCAAGGCAUCUGGCUUUGACGGGGCAGCUCAGCCCCCUCCUCUGUCCAAGGAUGGGGGUGUGGGCACGGUGUGCUGUUUAUGGGGGAUCUUCAGUUGGCCGGUGAACACUGACGUGAAGGGGA